AUGAUUUCAAGGCUCAUACUGUUGACCGUUGUGACCUUUUGCCUCUACAUCUCCAUUGUUGCCACAUGGUACCUUCUCCUUCACCCACUGCGGCGGGUUCCAGGCCCUAAGCUAUGGAUACUCUUUCCGAUCCUUAGAUACAUUUCAGGCAUCCACGGCAAUUUUGACAAGGACUUACGUCGGUUCCAUAUUAGAUAUGGUCCAGCUGUCCGGUUCGACCGAAACGAAGUGUCCUUUAUCACCGCAGAUGCAUGGAGGGAAAUCUACGGCCAUGGACAUCGCCAGCUCCCCAAGGCCCAGGCCUCAACUGCCAACAAAUUCGACAUAAUCUCAUCGGACGACUAUAACCAUUCUCGCUACCGCAAGUCACUUUCUCAUGCCUUCUCUGCCCGGGGUCUUCAGGCCCAGGAGCCUCUCCUCAAUAGUUACGUUGACAAGCUGGUUACGCGCUUGAAGGCAGUCGCUGAAUCAAGGCUACCGGCCGACAUGGCCAAGUGGUACAAUCUUACCACCUUCGAUAUGAUCGGUGAUCUAGCCUUUGGGGAGCCUUUCGGCGGACUAGACAGUUCGGAGUAUCACCACUGGGUGGCGCUCGUUUUCCAGGCUAUCAAGGCAGUUUCGUACAUUAGGCUGAAGGACGCGUAUCCUUUGGUCUUUCGGAUCAUUCGCUCCUUUAUGUCUAGAGGUAACAAAAUAGUUGAGGACAGGAAGAAGCAGCUUUUACACACCAGGAUAACAGUUCAGAAGAGGCUCCAGAAUGCGUCUGCUUAUAACAGACACGACUUCAUGGAUUCGAUGCUGCGCCACCGGGGGGAGAAGGACGGGCUGAGUGACCUGGAGCUCGAGGCCAAUUCAAAUAUCCUUAUCAUUGCAGGAAGUGAAACCACUGCUACUCUGCUAUCAGGAAUCACAUACUAUUUGCUACGGAAUCCCGAGGUUCUGGCAAAGGCAACAAGCGAAGUUCGCGCUGUGAUGAAUAAAGAGUCCGAUAUUACCUUUCAAAAGGUCUCUGCUGAGCUUCCAUACAUGCUGGCUUGUUUCGAAGAGGCCUUUAGGUUAUAUCCUCCAGUCCCGACAGGUCUACCUCGGCGAACUAUAUCCCCUGUCAAUAUCGCUGGAUUCGACUUACCCAUCGGAACAACAGUAUUCGUCCACCAGUCGGGAGCAUACCAAUCUCCAGCCAACUUCCACGACCCGCAGCGCUUCAUCCCAGAGCGCUGGCUGCCAGAAAGCAAGAGAGACCCAGCUUCACCAUUCUACUCGGACAACCGCGAUGUUCUCCAACCAUUUUCUGUAGGGCCCAGAAAUUGUAUUGGGAGGAAUCUUGCUUUUGCUGAGAUGCGUAUCAUUUUUGCACGAAUUCUCUGGAAUUUCGACCUUGAGCUGUGCGAGGAGAGUGCUAAUUGGGGGGACCAGAAGUCGUACGUUGUGUGGGAGAAAGUGCCGUUGAUGUGUAAAUUGACGCUGCGAGAGAACAGCCCGGGUUCGGAUGAGUAG